AUGUCGGAGCAGAAGUCCCCGGAUGGCGUGAAAACGGAGAGCGAGCACAUCGACCUGAAAGUUGCCGGGCAGGACGGCUCCGUGGUGCACUUCAGAAUAAAGCGGCACAGUCCGCUGAGCAAGCUCAUGAAGGCGUACUGCUCCCGACAGGGCCUGUUACUGAAGCACAUUAUUUUUCUAUUUGAUGGACAGCCAAUUAAAGAAGCAGACACACCUGCACAGCUGGAGAUGGAACAUGAAGACAUGAUUGAAGUGUACCAGCAGCAGACAGGUGGAGGGUGCUAAGAGACAGAGUCUUUUGGAGAAUAGUUUGAGG